AUGUCGGGCCCCAUUAUCUGCUCCAAAUUCGACCCAUCCCACACCUACUUGGCUCUGGCGGUCCAGGCGCUAGACACUCACCAGGUGAAGGUACAGGCCGUUGUGUUGGCGCAAGACCCGCUCAAUGUCUCCUUCAAUUUGAAGAAAGGCGCCAAAUUAGCCACGCUAGAGUGGAUUUCCUCCGAUCUCAUCGCAUUGUGCCAGACGAACGGCACCAUCCUCAUUUACAGUCCUUCUUCCAACAGCAUAGUGGCUGAGCUUGAGAGUCCAGUCAACUUAGAGAUCACUGACUUCUAUUUCUGUAAGUUUUCGCAAUCGGGCUGGUCCGCAGACAUUAACGGUAACAUCUACGAAUGGGACUUGCAGAACUACCUGUUGGUACAGAGAUUCGCCCUCUCGGAUAUGCUUGAUGGCACCGAACACAUUUCGAAGCUUGCCACCGUCAUGUAUGAAAAAGAAAUUCACCUUCUUGUUGGUACCCACAACGUCUAUAUGGUGAAUCUUUUGUCCAAGUCCAUCGUUCAAACAUUUCCAGCACAUGUUCAGCCUCUUAUUACGUUGAUGCCUGUUCCUAAUAAGAAAGAUUUGUUCAUCACUGCUGCCGAGGGUGAUAGAUUUGCCAAUGUCUUCUCCAUGCAGAAAGGAGCGCCUUUGGCUGUUCUUGUGGCUCAAUCUAAUAUCAAACAGGUCGCUUUCGGGGUUCAUAAAAGCAAGAACAAUACCAUGUUGGCAGUGAUUGUGGAAAAUGGUUCUCUUGAAAUUUUCAAUAACCCCUUGACCACAGUUAGCCCAAAUGACGAUUCUACGCCUAAAAAGAAACGGAAGCAGAUGUUGUCGAAGUCUAGACACUGUGAUGCCUCACUUAAAUUUUCUCGUCCAUCAGACGAGAUUAGAACCCCAGAAGAUGAAAAUUUGUACAUAAAUGCAAUUGCAGCCUCCAAGACCGUGCUUCACGUUACGUGGAACGAAAACGGCGCCAUGGCACGUUUCGAUGCCUUGCCCUGGUUUGCGGAAGACUAUGUAUUCACUGGCCAUAAGGUGAUUACCGAGGCGAAGCAAUCUAUCACUACUCAUUCUAAUACCAAGGGUAGCCAGGAUGUUGCUGCUGCAAGACUUUACAACGAAGACCAUACCGUGGUCACCGAGGGUAGUGCUUUUCAAGACGAUUUGGAGGAGGAAGACGAAGAUGAGGACGAGUCGCUUGCAGAAAGAUUAGAGAAGUUGGGUGAAGACUCCAAAAAGAAGCAGAGUGGAGCCAAGAAGCUCAGCAAGCACACAGCUGGCACCUUGACGAUGGUUCUUUCACAGGCGUUGAGAAACAAUGACCACUCGUUAUUGGAGACGGUGUUGAGCAACAGAGACCCUAUGGUUGUGCAAAAUACCAUUUCCAGACUCAACUCGUCAUUGGCUGUCGUGUUAUUGGACCGUCUCACUGAAAGAAUCACCAGACAACAGCUGAGGUUUGAUCAGUUGAACUACUGGCUCAAGUGGAUCAUCAUCAUCCAUGGUGGCAUGUUGUCGUCGAUGCCAAAUAUGAAGAGCAAGUUGUCGAGUUUGCAUGCCAUUUUGACCAAAAAAGCAAAUACAUUACCCAGAUUGUUGGAGUUGCAGGGACGUCUCAAUAUGUUGGAGCUGCAGAAUGCAUUGAAGAAGGAGAUUUUGGCAGGAUCCGCUGCUCAAAAUGACUACGAUGAUGCAGACACCGAUGUUGAGUAUGUUGAGGAAAUCGAUGAUGCUGUUGAGUCUGGAUUAGUGGAGAGCGAUGAUGACAUUGAGAUGAAUGGACUGGAUGUUGCAGACGAUUACGAAGAGAGUGACGAGGAGAUUGUGGAGGAGGACGAUGGUUUGAGUGAUGUGGAGACUGCCGUGGAACAUCACGACGUGUUUGAAUAG